CGCGACUUCACCCAGAUCUUCCGUUUAGAGCCAUCAGCCAGAAUGCCUGACUCCCAGUUCGACCGUGUGACUGAACAUAAAGUUGUUUGGUCGCAGAGAUACUGCGUACUGCCUCGUCUUCCUUCCAAUGUUCCUCUCAGUUCUGCAGAUUCAUCAUGGUUGAAAAUUUGUGAAUGGCAUUGUUAAGAUGACAUCCAGUCAUUGCAUUAGUGAUAUACCUGUCAAGCUUAGGGCGGUUUUUUCUUUUCGUGAUUUUGCACCAAAGUCGGUGCUAAAACCGGGAAUUUGCUCCAGUUCUUCUCCGGUUUUCCACAACCAGAGCUCCAUAAACAUCCAAUUAAUCUGCCGUCCUCCAUUUGCUUUAUUUAGGAUUUUUGUCUCUGACCGUCCGUUUCCGAUGCCUCCUAAAGCCAAGGCAGUGGGGAAAGGAAGAGCUCCUGCUAAGAGGAAGCUGGCAGAGGAGUUCCCACCUGGAGAAGUCCUGACAGAUACUGGAAAGAAGUCCUGGAAGCUGGGAGCUCCAAUCGGCAAGGGGGGCUUUGGUCUCUUAUACCUGGCUGAUCAAAACUCUGACAAACCCGUUGGACCAGAUGCUCCCUAUGUCAUCAAAGUGGAGCCGAGUGAAAACGGACCUCUCUUCUCUGAGCUGCAUUUUUACAUGAGAGCUGCCAAGCCGGAUCUCAUUCAGAACUGGUUGAAGGAUCAGAAGCUGAAGCAUCUGGGAGUUCCCAGGUACUGGGGCUCAGGUCUGCAUAGCAAAGGGGACAAAAGGUACCGCUUCAUGGUGAUCGACAGGCUCGGGACUGACCUGCAGAAGAAGUUUGAGGAAUGUGGAAAGAAAUUCCCUAGAAAACUGGUCCUGCAGCUCGGUCUUCGCCUGCUGGACACUCUGGAGUUCAUCCACGAGCACGAGUACGUGCACGCCGACAUCAAAGCAUCAAACCUGCUUCUGAGCCACAAAGAUCCCAACCAGGUUUACCUGGUCGACUACGGGCUGGCUUACAGGUACGCACCUGACGGCGUCCUCAAGGAGUACAAAGAAGACCCGAAGAAAUGUCACGACGGAACCAUCGAGUUCACCAGCAUCGACGCCCACAAAGGAGCAUCUCCCUCCAGGCGCAGCGACCUGCAGAUCCUCGGUUUCUGCAUGGUCCAGUGGCUCUGUGGUCGGCUCCCCUGGGAGGACCGGCUGCAGGACCCGCUUUACGUCAGAGACUCCAAGAUCAGGAGUCAGGAAGACAUCUCUGAUUUUCUGUCCAAGUGUUUUCCCCCUCAAGAAAAACCAGAUGAGCUCCAGAAGUUCAUGGAGGAAGUGAAGUCUCUAGACUACAAAGACACGCCUCCGUACAAGAAGCUGCGGUCCAUCCUGCAGAACGGGCUGAAGAGCAUCCAGGCGAAAGAUGACGGCCAGCUGGAGUUCACACAUGUCAGCAGAGUGACAACACCUCCUGCCAAGGUGACCAAGAGGAAGAAAGCGGCGGACAAAACGGGGGAGAACGAUGCUGAAGGAAGUUCUGUCAAGAAAAGGAAGCCCUCAAAGGAAAAAGAGGUCAAUGGAAAGAAGGAAAGCUCCAAAGCUGCUCCCAGAGCUCGAAAGGGUGACAAGAAAUCCAAACUGGUGGACAUGGCAACCCAGACGUCGCCUGGACUUGCCCGGCAGACCAGAGGAAGAAAGAAAGUCGACUCCUGAAUGUUCAUGUGUUUCUACACUCCUCCUCCUCCUUUUUCUUUCUGUUUCUGCUGCUUCUUAAACAUUGAACUGUUUUUUUUUAUAUGUAGUAAUACUCUGAAAAAUGUUUGCCUGUGCCUGAGUGACGCCAGAGUUGUUGAAAUAAAGAGGAACUUAAACUAA